AUGCAUUUCCCGACCACCUUUGCUGUUUUACUCUCGCUUUCUUCCUCUGGGCUAGCCCAGGCCACCUGGCCGAGCGAUAGAAAAUGCCCCGGCGUCGUGCAGGUGACCAAAGAGGAUGAACAACAUCUCGGCGGAGUUUGCUGUGUUGGCGGAGAACUCAAGCUGGAGAACUGCGAGGGCUGGCCCAUUUGCAAGGGGCCGACCAGCUUCGACGCCGCGAAGCAGACGCCUAGCUGCAUAGUGAAAGUCCCCAUGACUGCCUCCGACUUCGAGGAGCGUGUUUCUAAGGCAACUGCUACCGCCAUGCCUCACCAGCCCGGGGGUGUCAACAGCGGCACGACGACCGCUUCGGCCGCAAUCCCAACCAAGUCGGCCGACGGCACCAGGGGAGCACCGAUUGGUACGGCUGCCACGACCACGGCUGCAACUACAUCUUCGACUCAACUCGUUAGCGGUGCCAGCAAACAAUUUACAGCAACCUUACUUAGCGUUGCGGGCACCGUCGUUUUUGCGUUGGCGGCUCUCAGCUAA